GGCCUCAAUAGUAAUGACGAAAAAUUAUAGAGAAAAUCUGUUAGAUACAAUGUCAGUGCAUUUAGUCGGGAGAUUUAUGUCAAUUGUUGUUCAGAAAGUUUAGUUCUUUUGAGAAAGCUGAAAGGAUCAGUCACAAUGAAGGGUCUAAUAUUCUGUCUUAUUAUUCUCGUUGCUUGGAAGUCUCAAGAAUGUUGGGCACGAACUUCGCAACCGUCCAGGAGUUCGGAAGAACAACCAAUCGAUUCCAAUUUGGUUGAAUCUUUACGAAUUGAAGCAGCUAAUAUAAAGCAACAAAAUAUUGAAGAAUUAUCUUCGAAAUCGAAGGACAUAAUUAGAAUAGCACAUGCAACCAUUAAUGGUGCUCUUAAAAACGUUAAACUUAUGACUAAAAAAGCUACUAAAAUCAUUACAAAUUCGGCUCGAAAGAUGGAACAUGAAGGAAAUGAUAUAAAAAACGCGACAAUUACUGAGAUACAGAUGGCAUCUAAAAAUCUGACAUCGGUGUAUUAUAAAAAUAUUAAUGAAGCAAUUAAUAAAGUUAAACUUAUGACCAAGAAAGCAAAUGAAAUCAUCUCAACUAAGAUCACAACUAUGCAAACUAAGGGAAGUUCUAUAAAGAAUGAGACAAUUGAUGAGAUACGAAUAGCUUCUAAAAAUCUAACAUCGACAUAUUCUAAAAAUAUCAAUAAAGCACUUGAAAAUGUUAAACUUAUGACAAAGACGGCAAAAGGGAUUAUUUCGAAUUUAGUCACAAAAGCGAGCAAUGAAAGUAAUUCUAUAAAAGAAAAAACAAUCAAUGAUUUGCAAUUACAAUCAAAAAAUGUUACUUCUGAGUUUUAUAGUACUGUUGAUAAAACAAUGAAAGAAAUGAAGCUUGUUUUUAAAACGGUUAAUAAUACAAUAGUCAAAAAGAUAGAAAAGUUAAGUGGAUUGGCUACUCAAAAACUUGAAAAUAAAGCGGACGAUAUUGAAAAUAAAUUGAAACAUUCGAUAAAAACUAUGGAACAGCAGUUUGACAUUGAUUUGCAUGAAAAGAAAAUAAAACUAUAUAGUGAUCUAGAGAAGAAAACACAAAAUGUGACAACUCACCUUGAAUUGUAUAAUCAUGAAUUAGUAAGACAAAUAGAUUCGAAAAAAAAAGAGAUUUUAGGAGAAUUAGAAAAACAUGAUAAUCUCACUGAUUUCAAUGAAAAAUUUAAAAAAAUGAAAAAUUCAUGUGUGAGCGAUUUAAAUGUAGAGUUAGAAAAAACAAGAGCGACGUACUUCAAUGAAUUUAAAGACAGAAUUGCGGAAGAAUCUGAUAUGCAAGUGCGUAGUAUCAAAAGUACUAUUGAUAGUGAAAUAAUUAGAUACAACCAAAUUUUAAAGAAUAAAACGGAAUUAUAUACAAUAAAAUUAGAUGAAAUGAAAAAUGAGAUAACAAAAGAACUAAAAGCUGUUUAUGGUGACAUUCGUACAAAAAUCACUUCUGGAGUAUCGGCACGAAAUGUCACGAUACCGAUUACGUCGCCCAAAUCUAAAACGCCAGUAGAUGUCGCUACUGACUUUGUCACGCAUCCUGAUACAGAGACGACUCCAGAAGGAGUAACUGACAAGGCAGAAAGUGUUACUGACAAACCAGAAAGUGUUACUGACAAACCAGAAAGUGUUACUGACAAAGCAGAAGGCGUACUUGACAAGGCAGACGGCGUAACUGAAAAAGCAGAAGGCGUAUCUGAAAAAGCAGAAAGUGUUACUGACAAAGCAGAUGUUACUGACAAGCCAGAAGGUGUAACUGACAAGGCUGAUGGUGUAACUAACAAGGCUGAUGGUGUAACUGACAAGGCUGAUGAUGUAACUGAAAAAGCAGAAAGUGUUACUGACAAAGCAGAUGUUACUGACAAGCCAGAAGGUGUAACUGACAAGGCAGACGGCGUAACUGAAAAAGCAGAAGGCGUAUCUGAAAAAGCAGAAAGUGUUACUGACAAAGCAGAUGUUACUGACAAGCCAGAAGGUGUAACUGACAAGGCUGAUGGUGUAACUGACAAGGCUGGUGGUGUAACUAACAAGGCUGAUGGUGUAACUGACAAGGCUGAUGAUGUAACUGAAAAAGCAGAAAGUGUUACUGACAAAGCAGAUGUUACUGACAAGCCAGAAGGUGUAACUGACAAGGCUGGUGGUGUAACUAACAAGGCUGAUGGUGUAACUGACAAGGCUGAUGAUGUAACUGAAAAAGCAGAAAGUGUUACUGACAAAGCAGAUGUUACUGACAAGCCAGAAAGUGUAUCUGAUAAGGCAGACGGCGUAACUGAAAAAGCAGAAGGCGUAUCUGAAAAAGCAGAAAGUGUUACUGACAAAGCAGAUGUUACUGACAAGCCAGAAGGUGUAACUGACAAGGCUGAUGGUGUAACUGACAAGGCUGGUGGUGUAACUAACAAGGCUGAUGGUGUAACUGACAAGGCUGAUGAUGUAACUGAAAAAGCAGAAAGUGUUACUGACAAAGCAGAUGUUACUGACAAGCCAGAAGGUGUAACUGACAAGGCUGGUGGUGUAACUAACAAGGCUGAUGGUGUAACUGACAAGGCUGAUGAUGUAACUGAAAAAGCAGAAAGUGUUACUGACAAAGCAGAUGUUACUGACAAGCCAGAAGGUGUAACUGACAAGGCUGAUGGUGUAACUAAAAAAUCAGAAGGUGUUGCUGACAAGCCAGAAGGUGUAACUGAUAAGGCAGACGGUGUAACUGAAAAAGCAGAAGGCGUAUCUGAAAAAGCAGAAAGUGUUACUGACAAAGCAGGUGUUACUGACAAGCCAGAAGGCGUAACUGACAAGGCUAAUGGUGUAACUGAAAAAUCAGAAGGUGUUACUGACAAGCCAGAAAGUGUAUCUGAUAAGGCAGACGGCGUAACUGAAAAAGCAGAAGGCGUAUCUGAAAAAGCAGAAAGUGUUACUGACAAAGCAGAUGUUACUGACAAGCCAGAAGGUGUAACUGACAAGGCUGAUGGUGUAACUGACAAGGCUGGUGGUGUAACUAACAAGGCUGAUGGUGUAACUGACAAGGCUGAUGAUGUAACUGAAAAAGCAGAAAGUGUUACUGACAAAGCAGAUGUUACUGACAAGCCAGAAGGUGUAACUGACAAGGCUGGUGGUGUAACUAACAAGGCUGAUGGUGUAACUGACAAGGCUGAUGAUGUAACUGAAAAAGCAGAAAGUGUUACUGACAAAGCAGAUGUUACUGACAAAGCAGAUGUUACUGACAAGCCAGAAGGUGUAACUGAUAAGGCAGACGGCGUAACUGAAAAAGCAGUAAGUGUUACUGAUAAAGCAGGUGUUACUGACAAGCCAGAAGGUGUAACUGACAAGGCUGAUGGUGUAACUGAAAAAUCAGAAGGUGUUACUGACAAGCCAGAAAGUGUAUUUGAUAAGGCAGCCAGCGUAACUGAAAAAGCAGAAAGCGUAUCUGAAAAAGCAGAAAGUGUUACUGACAAAGCAGAUGUUACUGACAAGCCAGAAGGUGUAACUGACAAGGCUGAUGGUGUAACUGAAAAAUCAGAAGGUGUUACUGACAAAGCAGGUGUUACUGACAAGCCAGAAGGCGUAACUGACAAGGCUAAUGGUGUAACUGAAAAAGCAGAAGGUGUUGCUUACAAGCCAGCAGGUGUAACUGAUAAGGCAGACGGCGUAACUGAAAAAGCAGAAGGCGUAUCUGAAAAAGCAGAAAGUGUUACUGACAAAGCAGAUGUUACUGACAAGCCAGAAGGUGUAACUGACAAGGCUGAUGGUGUAACUGACAAGGCUGGUGGUGUAACUAACAAGGCUGAUGGUGUAACUGACAAGGCUGAUGAUGUAACUGAAAAAGCAGAAAGUGUUACUGACAAAGCAGAUGUUACUGACAAGCCAGAAGGUGUAACUGACAAGGCUGGUGGUGUAACUAACAAGGCUGAUGGUGUAACUGACAAGGCUGAUGAUGUAACUGAAAAAGCAGAAAGUGUUACUGACAAAGCAGAUGUUACUGACAAAGCAGAUGUUACUGACAAGCCAGAAGGUGUAACUGACAAGGCUGAUGAUGUAACUGAAAAAGCAGAAAGUGUUACUGACAAAGCAGAUGUUACUGACAAGCCAGAAGGUGUAACUGACAAGGCUGGUGGUGUAACUAACAAGGCUGAUGGUGUAACUGACAAGGCUGAUGAUGUAACUGAAAAAGCAGAAAGUGUUACUGACAAAGCAGAUGUUACUGACAAAGCAGAUGUUACUGACAAGCCAGAAGGUGUAACUGAUAAGGCAGACGGCGUAACUGAAAAAGCAGUAAGUGUUACUGAUAAAGCAGGUGUUACUGACAAGCCAGAAGGUGUAACUGACAAGGCUGAUGGUGUAACUGAAAAAUCAGAAGGUGUUACUGACAAGCCAGAAAGUGUAUCUGAUAAGGCAGCCAGCGUAACUGAAAAAGCAGAAAGCGUAUCUGAAAAAGCAGAAAGUGUUACUGACAAAGCAGAUGUUACUGACAAGCCAGAAGGUGUAACUGACAAGGCUGAUGGUGUAACUGAAAAAUCAGAAGGUGUUACUGACAAAGCAGGUGUUACUGACAAGCCAGAAGGCGUAACUGACAAGGCUAAUGGUGUAACUGAAAAAGCAGAAGGUGUUGCUUACAAGCCAGCAGGUGUAACUGAUAAGGCAGACGGCGUAACUGAAAAAGCAGAAGGCGUAUCUGAAAAAGCAGAAAGUGUUACUGACAAAGCAGGUGUUACUGACAAGCCAGAAGGUGUAACUGAUAAGGCAGACGGCGUAACUGAAAAAGCAGUAAGUGUUACUGAUAAAGCAGGUGUUACUGACAAGCCAGAAGGUGUAACUGACAAGGCUGAUGGUGUAACUGACAAGGCUGAUGGUGUAACUGAAAAAUCAGAAGGUGUUACUGACAAGCCAGAAAGUGUAUCUGAUAAGGCAGCCAGCGUAACUGAAAAAGCAGAAAGCGUAUCUGAAAAAUCAGAAGGUGUUACUGGCAAAGCAGGUGUUACUGACAAGCCAGAAGGCGUAACUGACAAGACUGAUGUUGUAACUAAAAAAUCAGAAGGUGUUACUGACAAGCCAGAAGGUGUAACUGAUAAGGCAGACGGCGUAACUGAAAAAGCAGGAGGCGUAUCUGAAAAAGCAGAAAGUGUUACUGACAAAGCAGGUGUAACUGACAAGGCUGCUGGUGUAACUGAAAAAUCAGAAGGUGUUACUGGCAAAGCAGGUGUUACUGAAAAGCCAGAAGGCGUAACUGACAAGGCUGAUGUUGUAACUAAAAAAUCAGAAGGUGUUACUGACAAGCCAGAAGGUGUAACUGAUAAGGCAGACGGCGUAACUGAAAAAGCAGGAGGCGUAUCUGAAAAAGCAGAAAGUGUUACUGACAAAGCAGGUGUAACUGACAAGGCUGAUGGUGUAACUGAAAAAUCAGAAGGUGUUACUGGCAAAGCAGGUGUUACUGAAAAGCCAGAAGGCGUAACUGACAAGGCUGAUGUUGUAACUAAAAAAUCAGAAGGUGUUACUGACAAGCCAGAAGGUGUAACUGAUAAGGCAGACGGCGUAACUGAAAAAGCAGAAGGCGUAUCUGAAAAAGCAGAAAGUGUUACUGAUAAAGCAGGUGUUACUGACAAGCCAGAAGGUGUAACUGAUAAGGCAGACGGCGUAACUGAAAAAGCAGAAGGCGUCAUUGACAAUGUGUUAGAUAGCGUGAAAUCGGUCUAAAUGGCCUUUCCGAGAAUAUACAGGGAGGUGUUACUGAGAAGCCUCAGGAAGUGGUGAAAUUGAGUAGAUAGCUACAUAAAUAUCUAAGACAUAAAAUUAUUUUAUUAUACCGAGUUAUCGUUUGUCCUUCAAUUUAAUUUUGUCGUUGCUAUAAUUAUAAUCAUUACUUUCGUGAUUUCAUUGAAUCUUAUUGCCCAGCAAAUUCUUAUAAUUUGCAAGCACUUUUGAAUUAAAUCUAUUAUCAAAAGAGACGUUCCAAAUAAAUUUGUUUAUUUAAAUCCCUACUA